UCGAGAACCACCUGGGACAGAUGUUGUUCAUUACGCGCAGCGGAGUCGAACCGGGAACUGUUGUAGCGUGGCAAACAUGUCUACAGUCUCCAGUGUUCACUGAUAAGCAGACUUGACAUGGACAUGGGUACGGAUUCCACACAACCCAGAGGCCUCGUUAAAUAAACCAGAUUCGUAAUUAGAGUCCUCUUGCUGCUGUCUUCGCACUCGACUUCGAAUUCAUGACUGGCAUGGGGGCACGGUAUUGAUGCGCUCGAUAUUGCGCUCAGAUCUACAGAAGCCCACUCCGCCGGCCGCAGCUCAACGCUUGAGGACGGAACUUCGCGCGUUGGUGUGAGACUUUUGGAGUUGCCUAAUUGGAACCGCAAUUUAGAGCAAUGACGGACUCUACAGCCUCAGACCCGGUGAGCACCAUCCCGGAUCCAACUAUUGUUGAUCCGUCGACUGUGAACGGCCAGUUCGACCCGACAGAUCAACAGCCACCCAAAAGAGCAAAUCAGGGGGAACCUAAAUUCAAGAUGGACCAGGAGAUGAAGAUUAGCGAUAGCGUGGAGGGGCAAGGCUUGCUCGAGAGCAGCAUGAGGCUGAAGCCCCACGAAGCUCAAAGCUACCGCAAGAAAGCAUUGUGGGUCUCCUGGGUUUCCAUCUUUGUGACGCUGAUCCUGGCAGUAGCAGCUUUCACGGUUUCCUUCAUGAGACACAGUGCCUCGGCUUUCGGAUUCGCUUUUGAUGCCGCCCUGGACGUGCUGUCCUCCAUCAUCGUGGUGUGGCGCUAUAGUAACGCCGCCGCCGUUCACUCUGCACACAGGGAGUACAUAGCCUGCGUGAUCCUGGGGGUGGUCUUCAUCCUGUCCUCUCUGUGUAUCCUGGGAAAGGCAAUCCAUGACCUGGCUACCAAGCUACUGCCUGAAGUGGAUGACUUCCUCUUCAGUGUGUCCAUCGUCAGUGGCGUGAUGUGUAUCAUUCUGUCCGUGUUCAAGUUCAUGCUGGGCAGGGUGCUCACCAGCAGAGCCCUCAUCACAGACGGUUUCAACUCCCUGGUGGGCGGGGUCAUGGGCUUCUCCAUCCUAAUCAGUGCCGAGGUGUUCAAGCACGAUCCCAAAGUGUGGUACCUGGACGGGUCCAUAGGGGUCCUGAUAGGCCUCAUCAUCCUGGCCUACGGAGUCAAGCUGCUGGUUGAUAUGGUCCCUCGAGUGCGACAGACGAGGAACUACGAGCGCUUUGAGUGACAGAAGACCACGGGAAGGGCAGCGAGGGCUCAGUGGGGGAUGGGUUCUAGGUUAUAUACAGUAUGUGUACGUCCAGUGUCUGUUCUAGGAUAUGUAUAUCUACGCCCAGUCCCUAUCCAGCUCAGCUCCAUUCUUCCUGGUAGAUCUCUCCAGUCACCAUGACAAACCUAUUGAUUUAGACCUCACGGUGCCAGCCCAGUGGCAUUUUAGUGAGACCCAAGUGGUCCAUUCUGCAGCGUUCCCCCUGUCUCUCUCUGACUCCGAACCUGAUCCGUCCAUAGGAGUCGUUAUGAAGUCAAAGGGAAGACGGAGGAGGUUUCCCUCGAUGUUUCUCCUCCUCCUCUGCCGAAGCAGGGGGAGGCGGAAGGACAGACCGAAGAACGUGGGCUGCUGAGUCGUCAGGAAAUUAUGCCACUGCCGCUACAAAGGCACUGCACAUUGUCCACUGAUUACAGUCUGGUGUUCAUAUCUCUAUUUCCCCUUGGACAAGAUGGCUGAUUCAGAUAUGCAUCUCAGUCCUUAUGGGAUUUCAAUGGUUUCUAAUAGGCAUUUUAUUUUGUUCAGUAACACUGUGUGUGUCCCCAAUGGCACCCUAUGCCCUUUAUAGUGCACUACUUUUGACCACCCUAUUCCCUUUAUAGCGCACUACUUUUGACCGGGGCCCAUAAAAAGUGCACUAUGUAGGAAAUAGGGUGGCAUUUGGCACACACACAGCCUAUUUCUGUUUAUGACACCACUGCUCAAAGUAGAUGUGUUGCGUUUAUGUAGUCGUGAUGUAGUAACAGGUAAAGUAUAUUUUAGGGUGGUAGUUGCUACUAUUCGUAGCUAUAGGGCAUGUUUGCUAUCCCCCAAAUAAUCAGCAGGGGAAAUGGAUUUCUGAGAUGCCCAUUGUAUUAUCAAUUGUAGACACAAUAGUGUAGUAUAGCAGUACACUAUGUGCAAUAACAACAUGACAGACGACUCUUAUCAAUGGCUUGUGUCCCAAAUGGCACCCUAAUCCCUACAUAGUCACUAUGGGUCCUGGUCAAAAGUAGUGCACUAUAUGGAAUAGGGUGAUAUUUGGGACAAAACCUGUAUCAUUUGAUUAGUGAAUAUGAAAGCACAAAUGCCCCUGUCAACAACUCAUGUAUGGAAUCUGUGUUUGCUGUAUUGAUUAAGAGGGCCACAUUAAGGGGUGUUGAAUAAAAGCCUGUGGCAGACCAUCAACAGACAACAUGACUGGAGACAAAGACUCUAGCCAGAGAUUACUGCGCUGGAAUUAAAACAAGUCUUUUUCUGUGCACCACAGCCAAGUCUGGUGGCUAGAGCACAACAGGUCAUCCCUUUUUUAGGCCAUUCCCUCUUCCUUAUCUAAUUCCUUAACCAAGUCUGAUGGGGGAAAUACGGUCGUCCUGGCGAGUAAAUAUACCAUAUACAAUGAUAUUGUUUAAAGCUUUCACAAUCUGCCACGAUGGAUGUAAUUAUAUAUGUAGGAUAUAACUACAUGACCAAAAUUAUGUGGACACCUGCUCGUCGAACAUCUCAUUCCAAAACCAUGGGCAUUAAUAUGGAGUUGGUCCCCCCUUUGCUGCUAUGA